AUGCGAAGCCUCCCUCUUCAAUCGUUUCGUCUUCUGGCUGCUCUGCCUAUAGACUCCGAUAAAAUUCCUUAUACUUUUGAUUUAGAUGAUGUAGUAGAGCGCAGGGGCCCCCAUGGGGGCCCCCAUAGACCAGGGGCCCCCUCAACAUCUUCUUCACCUCUAAGGGGUCUCGUUAUUAGAACGCCAAGAGGCAUUCAAGAUUUCACAGAAGAUCAAGACCCUGAAAAUAUGGAUCCGGGUUCAGACGAAGUGCAGGUGGCGUGGGAAGACGGCACCGUCGCAAAUGCGCGCUGCAGCAGUUUAAAUUUAGUUGACCGUUGCUUCUACCUUGGCGACGCGGUGUUGCAUGGGGAGCGGGGAUCGCUUGGGAUCGUCUUGGAGGUGGUUCAGUGUGUAGACAUUGCGAUACCUGUAGAAAUACUUCAAAGGGGCUUAGCAGAACAACAAACCCCACAGCAGCAGCAACAGCAGCAGCAGCAGCAGCAGCAGCAGCAGCAGCAGCAGGGAGGGAGUGGGGGUUUGGGUGCAGCAAAUGCAUUUCCUUCUCGUUUACAGGGUAUUUACGCUCGCGCUCUGGGGCCCCCUUUCUUAUCUCUUUGCCCUCCGCUGCUGCAGCAGCUGCAGCAAUUUAAUCAGGGGCUGCCGGUAUUAAAAGAAGGACGUCUUGGCUGCGUCAUUGAUGGGAAAGCAGAUUAUCUUAUUCACCUCGAUUCAAACCACGAAUUCGUUCUUGAAGAUGGGUCAGCAACGGUUUAG